AUGGAAGAAGAAAGCGAUGACGACAUCCCGGUGACAAACAGCAACGCGCCUCAAGAACAUCGGCGCCUUGUUGGUGGUGGCGGUCCCGAUGUAUCCGCUGAAGCAGAACGAGAUCAAGCGGAUAGCUCGGCAAAUUAGCAACCAAUCUCUCCAACUGAAAAGUAUUUUGGACUCGCUGCCUCAAAAUCGCGGAUCCAACAGGGGAUUCGAUGAGGCAGACGAUGACUACGACACCCAAAUUCCCGCCACCACCAACGUCUCGCAUUGCUCGAGACCGCCUACGUCGCAUAAGGUCAUAAUGCAAGUGUCCAUCUCCGAAAAUGACUCUGAAGACACACCGCCCUAUGAAAAUGAUUCGGAAUGGUCCGUCUGGGAAAACGAAAUGCAAAAGCUGACAAACAGCCUCAGAAUGCUGCUCGGUCAACUCCAAAGCGUUUCAGAAGAUACCGCGCAAAACAAACGUGGCAGGGCAGCCGAAAACACCUAUGUGAAUAGGGUCGCUACCAGGAAGCAGAGCGGAGGUUACCGUAACCGCGAACAGGCUUCGCUUCCACCCCAUCCACCGGAUCGACGUAGCAAACACGACUUGGCUGACUACUUCAAGCGUGUAGCAGCUCAGAUGGAUUUGUUGGCCGAGGCAUUAAAGACGCAGUCGUUCAGCGACGCACCUCCGACGGCCGCUACGCAGGCCCCUGGAAGCUACAGGACCAGCGGACCAGCACUUCUUGCUGCACCAAUGGGUGGAAUGCAACACGGUGUACAGCCUUCCCAGGAAAGGAUGGCGCAGGCCAUCGCUGCGCAGACUAGGGCAAUGCAAGCUCAAGCAAUCGCGGUGCAAGCGAUGGCCUCGCAAGGUAUGCAUCCAGGUAUGGUAGCUGGUGCUCCCAUGAUGUUGCCGGGUAUGGCGGCUCCAGGAAUGAUGGGACAAGGCAUGCUGGGACCUUGCGGAGGAGCAGGAGGAUUGGAAUUAGCACGUCGCAGUUCCUCAGACGCAAAAGGCCGAAUCAAACCCUUGUACGCGGGGGUCAACAGGCUAACUGACCACAUGAAAUGCGUGAGCGGCUUGUUCAAGGAAGCUUUGGGUAUUGUGCCCGCGGAGACGAGGUUGACGGUUGCAGACCAGGAGGAAAUUCGAUUUUGCCUAGACAGAUUGACGAAGAACAUGGACAAUAUGACGAGCGACCUACGUCGUACGGUAUUGGCGAGCACGGUUUCAUCGGCGCCCUUCUCCAAAGAACUAAUGGAAGGGCUGAAGAAGAAAGAGAGGGAAAAGGCAGCGGAGAAGAGUAAGAAAGUGUAUGAUGAGAGUGACAGUGGAAAGGACUCCGAGAGUGAGGAGGCCCGUGGGACGCGAGGAGGUAAAGGCGGGAGAAGAGACGAUUCCGAGGACGAUUCGGACAGCGGUGGUGCGGGUGGCAAAAGGAGGCGCUGACCACUGACUUUUCUUUUUUGUGGGUGCAGAUUAAAAUUUGAUUGCUGUGGC